CUUGCCCCGCCUACCUCGGGGAUGCGCUGCAGGCUGCGCGAAAAGCAGGAAGAGUUUCCAUAUAUUAGCGUACGGAUAAGCCUGUUUCCGAAGUGUUUGCCUUUCACGAAGUUUAGCAAUUAAGUUGAGGCUAAAGGAACCCAAGGCUACUCACAGAAGACUCCUGCUUCUCAUCAUUGCAUGCCCCCAACAACCUUGUGAGGUAGGCUGAGACAGUGUGCCUGAGCCAGGAUCAUCCAGGAAGCUUCAUGGUUAAGGAUGGAAUCUUCUGGAAUACUUCUUGCUGUUUUGGUACUCGUGUGUCUUUCUGGUCCAUCAGCUGGUUACCCAAAUGGAAAAGUAAAAGAAGCCUGCAAUAAUAUGAUGCCUCUUCAUGGACACUCACCUCAGAAACUUCCUAAGCACACAAUUGAAGUAAAUGUGACAGAGUUCAAACCAGGCGAUCAUGUGCAAGUGAGUCUGUCUGGGCCUCCGUUUGAAGGGUUUUUUCUACAAGCCCGCAAUGCUGAAAAUGUGGGGGACCCUGCCAUCGGUUCUUUUGUGCUGGCUGACAAGAGACAAUCUCAGCUCCUCACAUGUGGGCACACAAAGAAUUCAGCUGUCAGUCACACAAGCAAAUCUAAGAAAACCCAUCUGGAUGCCUAUUGGAUUGCUCCUAGAGAUGCACCAAAAAGAAUACAAUUUUUAGUCACAGUGGUGGAAAAAUAUAGCAUCUUUUGGGUAAAAGUUCCUGGACCAAUAAUUUCCCAGCCAAAUACGCCUAUUUUGAGAACGACCAUUGGGACCCUUCCAACGUCUUCACUUGUGCCUCAUCUAACCCACCCAUUCAAUGCUUCAGACUGUGGAAAGAAAAAGUUCUGUGUGAGAAACCCUUCAAACUGUGAUCCUCAAGAGAACACCUGCUUUUUUCUGUCCUUCACACGAGAUCAUGACACAGUGUUGGUUGAAAUGAGUGGUCCCAGUGAAGGCUACAUUGCAUUCACAUUGUCUCAUGAUCAGUGGAUGGGAGGUGGUGAUGAUGCAUAUAUCUGCGGUAGUGAAAAUCGUUACGUUGACAUCAGUACAGCCUCUCUGGUUGGACGCGCUUAUCCAGAGUUUGAUUCAGAGGAUGCUCUGGAAGAGAAGUCAUGGAGGUUGGCUGAUGGGGUUAUUCAGUGUUCUUUCAAAAGAAGAAUUCAUCUUCCUUCUUCUAAAAGGAGGUUUAAGCUAGAUGCCAGCUAUUACAUAUUUAUGGCAGAUGGUGAAGUUGGUGAAGGAGGUAUAAUCCAAAAACACCACCGACAACCUUUGAUCACAAAUGCGAAGUAUAAUAUUUCAGGACUGCUGAAGGAUAUUGGAGGAUCUCGCUCACCGUUUCUCAUCAAGAUCCAUGGUGCAUUAAUGUUUGUUGCUUGGAUGGCAACUGUAAGCAUUGGUGUAAUUGUUGCCCGAUAUUUCAAACCUGUGUGGCCCAAUUCAUUGCUGUUUGGAAGAGAGAUCUGGUUUCAGGUUCAUCGCAUGCUAAUGAUGACAACUGUGUUGCUUACAAGUGCAUCUUUUAUUCUUCCUUUUGUCUAUCGUGGAGGUUGGAGUGAACAAGCAGGUUUUCAUCCAUACUUUGGCUGCACAGUGAUGGCACUAGCAAUCUUUCAGCCCAUCAUGGCAGGAUUCAGACCACCUCCCCAAGCACCAAGAAGGCAAAUCUUCAAUUGGUUACACUGGAGCACUGGCACAACUGCUAGAAUAUUAGCUGUGAUAACAAUAUUCAUGGGAAUGGACUUGCCUGCUCUCAACCUUCCAGAUCCAUGGGAUACCUAUACAAUGUUGGGAUUUGUAGCUUGGCAUGUUGGCAUUGAUCUUAUCCUGGAGAUACAUGGCUAUUGCCUCAUUCGCAAAGUUGAAGUGCUAGAAGAUGACAGGAUACAAAUUUUACAGUCUGUUACCACUGCAGAAGCACAGGGUCAUACAUUUAAAAAGACAGUGCUAUUCCUCUACAUUUGUGGCAACAUUGCAUUUCUCAUUGCCUUCCUGACAGCAAUUGUACAAAUUUGAUUCUGAGAAGACUUCAAUAUCAUGAAGAGCUUGUAAUAGGCAUGUUUGACACAUGGCUCACAGAAAUUCUCAGUAGAAAGACCAUCCGUGAAUGAAAUCAAGGAUGUAAGAAUUCAUUUCAGAAUAUAACUCUCACUGUGCAGCCAUUGAAGGGCAGGAUUAGACAUUUUUGGAAGUGUUGGCUCAGUCUUGGUUAGAACCUGUCUUCAUCUGCACCAUGACUGAAUAUCUCAUUUUGGUAUGAUUCAUUCUAUCCUGUAACUUCACCUGUCACCGGAAGACUAGAGAAACAGGAUAUUGCUUUGGAUGAAUUGGGCCUUCUUGUUUCAGGCUUGGCAUCAACUUGAACUGGACUACCUCUUGUCUUUCAUUAGCUGUUUGUUCAUAUUUGUCAUGUUCCGCUAGCAUCACCACAACCGUUAUUGUGUUGUAGGAUAACAUGCAUCUCCAUGUUCUUCUGGUUUGAACAAUCCAAGAUGACUCAUGGUCUGCUUUUCUUCAUGCCCCUCUCUCCUCACUCAUUGGGUAUAGACAACAGGGGCUGUGGAGCUAGACUUGAAGAAUCAUGUCUUACACAAGAGAUUUUCUGUUUCUGUGUUUAAACUCCAGCUGAAGCUGUAAGGUUUAUUCCAAGGGGCCUUACAGCAGCUGAACUGGGAAACAAAGAAUCUGUUAACCUUAAAGGUGAGAGAACUCAACAUGAAUGGAGGACAUUCAGGUGUCUGAUAUCAGCUGGUAUUUGCAAUUUAAAAAAUUCCUGGGGAAUGACACAAGAUUCUAGAGCAAUAUUUCAGGAUAUCUUUAGUUUGACUGGCAGACUGUGGGGCACUAAGAACAAAGGCCCUUUGCUUACCUGGAGUGAUGGAGCCCUCAGUUCUUUGAAACUUCCAGUAUACUUGUAUGGGAGACAGCACAUCUCCCUCCCUCUUUCAAACUGUAAUGACCACUCAAAAUGCACAGCUGUGCCCCAAAAUGUCUAUUUACACAUUCAUGUAUACACACACACACACACACACACACACACACACACACACACACACAGUGUCAUCCAAUGAUGUCCGUCCAUGGCCCAAACAGUAUCUGCGGAUGAAGUGGUUCCAUUCUCCCUUGAAGCCUCUGGUGCUUCCAUGGAAGUGGUGCCACAGGGACAGGAAAGUUUGAUUAAGAGAGCAGAUACACCAUGUUGAAUGAUAUCCUGAUGGGAGGAAUAUAAUUAGUGCCAACUUGGUAUUUCUGUAGUUUGCUUCCGCCAUGCUGACCACUGGAUUUCUUGAUUCCUGCACCUGAUGAAGCUUCCAAUAGACACUGAUCCUUCCAGUCCAAUGCCCUUGGUAUUUAAUCAUUUCCCUUAUCUCCAACACGCAAUAGAAAUGAAGUUUGUGACUGCAAAAUGCUGGUUUUAUCUUGGUGCAUUAUGUCUCAGUGCUUAUUAUUUUUAUUGUAUUAUCAAAGUAUGAAAUGUCUAAAUUAAAAACCGUGUUGAUUGUA